AUGCCACGCCUCUUCGACGGCCUCGAGCUGCCCGCCUCAGCAGACUUCCACGUACACCUUCGCCAGGGCGCCAUGAUGGAGACGGUCACUCCUACGAUCACCUCUGGCGGUGUUGAUACAGUCUAUGUCAUGCCAAAUCUAAUACCACCCAUCACCACCCCUGCCCAGGCCGUCGAGUACAAAUCCCGCCUACAAGCUCUCGCGCCCGACGUCACAUUCCUCAUGUCCCUCUACCUCCACCCCUCAAUCACCCCCUCCAUCGUCCGCGAAGCCAAAGCCACCGGCGCCAUCCACGGCAUCAAAUCCUACCCAGCUGGCGUGACCACCAACUCUUCUUCCGGCGUGGUGGACUACGAGUCUUUCUACCCUGUCUUCGCCGCCAUGGAGGAAGAGGGGCUAGUGUUGAAUCUGCACGGCGAGCUCCCACCCUCGCAGUCUCCUUCUGCACCUGAAGACCAGAUCACGGUGCUCAAUGCGGAAGCGGCGUUCCUUCCUACCCUCCGCUCCCUGCACACCCGCUUCCCAAACUUGAGGAUCGUGCUCGAGCACUGCACGACCAAAGCCGCGGUGGACAUGGUGCUGAGCAUCAGCUCGCCUAACGUUGUGGGCACCAUCACAGCACACCACCUCAGCCUCAUUGUCGACGACUGGGCGGGCGAUCCGCUCAACUUCUGCAAACCCGUCGCCAAACUGCCCUCAGAUCGCAUCGCACUAUUGCGUGCAGCAGUCGAUCCAAGACGAAAAUUCUUCUUGGGCACAGACAGCGCUCCCCAUCCACUACGCAGCAAACAAGGCAGGAGCGGAACUGCAGGGAAUGAUAACUCGUGCGGCAAGUGUGCCGCAGGCGUGUUUACGCAGCCGUAUGCAACCCAACUUGUGUUGGAAGCGCUAGAGGAAGCCGUCAGCAAGGGCAUCUUGCGAGAGGAGGAUGUGAGGAGGGAGGGGGUGUUGGAGGGGUUUUGGGCGAGACGGGGCGGAGGUUCUAUGGUGUGCCGAAGAGUGAGCGGCGGAUAA